GUGGGGAGGGGGUAUGGGGAAGCUGCCCCAAGCCUGGGGAAGGGGACGCAGUGCAGGAGGUGACUAGAGCCGUGGAGGCGGCGGCGGCGGGAGCAGCGGUGGCGGCGAUCUCAGCCACAGCAGCCUAGGCUCGAGCCCCGGCCCGGGCGGCGCAGCAGACAAUAACCGGGCUGGAAACCCGACCCGGCCGGACCCAACUGGGAUGCUUCCUGACUGAUGAUGUUAUAACAGUGCUUGGAAGCCAGAAGGCUGCUUUUUCAGCUGAACAUACCUGAGUUGUCCCCAUCACUAUGGAGAGUGGAAAGGAUGAAGCUUCUCAGGCCAAGGGAGCAGUAGCCUCUAUGGACACCCAGGACCAAGGGGCAGAGAAAGGAGCCAAGAACAAGGCAGCUGAGAUAACAGAAGGGCCAGUGUCAGAGCCACCCUCAUCUGGCCCAGGUAGGCUGAGGAAAACUGCCAUGAAACUUUUUGGUGGCAAGAAGGGCAUCUGUACCCUGCCUAGUUUCUUUGGAGGGGGCCGAAGCAAAAGUUCUGGGAAAAGCAUCUCCAAGAAGGGUCUUAGCAAGAGCAAGACCCACGAUGGCCUGACUGAAGCAGCCUGUGGCCCUGAAGACAUUGUCAGUGAAGGAACCAGCUUUGCCUUACUCUUGCCUGAAUCACCCUGCCAACUUCCCAGUUCCCAGAGUGCCCAUGGGGUUUUGGAGACCGGCUCCAGAUGCAAGACAUCUGCGUCUGGAGCCACAGAGAAAGCUGGGGCUGAGAAGGCUCCCUCUGUGCCCAAGCCAAAGAAAGGCCUGAAAGGUUUUUUCAGCAGUAUCCGCCGUCACCGGAAAAGCAAGGUCUCUGGGGUUGAACAAAGUGAGCUAGGGCCCAAGGGACCUGAAGGGACCAGAGCCAGGCCUCAUGAAUAUGUGAGCUCAGCCAUUCUGCCCCAUACUGAGGAUAUCCUCCAAGCCCCCAGAAAAGAAAAUGCCAAACCCCAAGAUGCUCCUAGGCCAAAAGUUUCUUUAGUACCAGAGCCUUCUCCAGUAGUCACUGAGAAGACAGCCUGUAAAGAUCCAGAAAAACCCAAGGAGGCCUAUGCCUCAGCAAUUCUGCAGCCCAAGCCUGCCUCUGAAGCCAGUGGCCCAGAGGACCCCCACAGUCCAGAAACAGGGGAGAAGGUGGUGGCAGAAGAGGUAAAUCCACCAAAUGGCCCUGUUGGGGACCAGCUAAGCCUCUUGUUUGGGGAUGUCACAUCCCUGAAAAGUUUUGACUCACUGACAGGUUGUGGUGACAUUAUAGCAGAGCAGGACAUGGACAGUAUGACAGACAGCAUGGCCUCUGGAGGCCAGAGGGCCAAUCGAGAUGGGACCAAGCGAAGUUCCUGCCUGGUGACCUACCAAGGAGGUGGGGAGGAGAUGGCUUUGCCAGAUGAUGAUGAUGAGGAAGAGGAGGAGGAGGAGGUGGAAUUAGAGGAGGAAGAAGAGGAUGUCAAGGAGGAAGAAGAAUAUGACUUAGAAUAUCUGUGGGCAAGUGCCCAGAUGUACCCAAGGUCCAAUCUGAAUUUGGGCUACCAUCCCAUCACAUCUCCAGGCCACCAUGGCUACAUGCUUCUUGACUCAGUUCGAUCUUAUCCUGGCUUAGCCCCUGGGGACCUUUUGACUCCUCAGAGUGACCAGCAAGAGUCUGCCCCCAAUAGUGAUGAGGGUUAUUAUGAUUCUACAACACCUGGAUUUGAGGAUGAUUCAGGUGAAGCCUUGGGGCUUGUCCGCAGGGAGUGCCUGCCCCGAGACAGCUACAGUGGAGAUGCCCUGUAUGAGUUCUAUGAGCCAGAUGAUAGUCUUGAGACCUCCCCACCUGUAGAUGACUGUCUUUAUGACCUCCAUGGUCACAACUCUGAGAUAUUUGAUCCCUUCUUGAACUUUGACCCCUUUUCUUCCUCUCGGCCACCUGGGGCAAUGGAGACAGAGGAAGAACGGCUAGUGACCAUCCAGAAACAGUUGUUGUAUUGGGAACUUCGGCGAGAGCAGCUUGAGGCCCGAGAGGCGCAGGAGGCACGUGCCCGAGAAACUCACACCAGGGAGGCCUAUACCCAAGAAACUCAUGCCAGGGAGACCCAUGCCCGAGAAGUUCAUGUCAGAGAGGCCCAAGUCCGAGAGGCCUAUGCCAGGGAAGCCCAGGCCCGAGAGGACCAUGCUCAAGAGGCUCAAGUCCGAGAGGUUCAGACCUGGCAAGAGAAGCCCAUCAUGGAAUAUCAGAUGAGGCCCUUAGGCCCAUCAGUGAUGGGCCUGGUAGCAGGGGUAUCAGGGGCCUCUCAGACUUCCCACCGGGGAACCACCUCAGCUUUCCCUGCCACUGCAAGCAGUGAGCCAGACUGGAGGGACUUCCGUCCUCUGGAGAAGCGUUUUGAGGGAAUCUGCUCCAAGAAGGAUCAAAGUACCUGUCUGAUGCAGCUCUUCCAAAGUGAUGCUAUGUUUGAGCCAGACAUGCAAGAAGCAAACUUUGGAGGAUCUCCCAGGAGGGCCUACCCUACUUAUUCACCACCUGAGGAGCCAGAGGAAGAGGAGGUUGAGAAGGAAGGGAAUGCCACUGUGAGUUUCUCACAGGCCCUUGUGGAGUUCACCAGCAGUGGGAACCUCUUCUCCAGCAUGUCCUGCAGCUCUGACUCUGACUCAUCCUUCACUCAAAACCUCCCUGAACUGCCCCCUAUGGUGACUUUUGAUAUCGCUGAUGUGGAACGGGAUGGGGAAGGCAAGUGUGAAGAGAAUCCUGAGUUCCACAAUGAUGAAGACCUUGCAGCCUCCUUGGAAGCUUUUGAGCUGGGCUACUACCAGAAACACACAUUCAACAACUACCACAGUCGAUUCUACCAAGGUCUGCCCUGGGGUGUGAGCAGUCUCCCUCGCUACUUGGGACUGCCUGGCAUGCACCCUCGGCCUCCACCUGCUGCUAUGGCCCUCAACAGGAGGAGUCGCUCCCUGGACACUGCGGAAACCUUGGAACUGGAGCUCUCCAAUUCCCACCUUGCCCAGGAAUACACAGUGUCUGAUGAGCUUCAGGCUCAGCAGGAAGAUUCAAAUGAAGAAGAGGAGGAGGAAGAAUGGGGCCGAGACAGUCCUUUGUCCCUUUAUACUGAACCACCAGGGGCCUAUGACUGGCCUGCCUGGGCUCCCUGUCCUCUUUCAGUGGGGCCAGGCCCUGCCUGGAUAAGUCCCAGCCAGUUGGAUUGGUCUUCUGGCCAGUCUCCAUAUGGGCAGACAGCCUGUUGCAUACCUCCUGUGGCCAUGUCAAUGUUGCUGUCAGUACCAGGUCCAGAGCCAAGGGUACCUGGGAUAUCCAGGCCUCAGUUAUCUCGGCCUUCACACCUACCCCUGCCCAUGGUCCCUUGUUAUAACUUGCAGCCACAGGCUUCUCAGAGUGUGAGGGCCAGGCCUCAAGAUAUGCUGCUGCCUGUUGAUGAGCCCAGUUGCUCCUCCAGUUCUGGAGGCUUCAGCCCCAGUCCUCUGUCCCAGGCCAAGCCUGUGGGCAUCACUCAUGGCAUCCCUCAGCUGCCCAGGGUCCAGCCUGAUCCCCAGCAGCCUCAACCCAUUCACUACAGGGCUUCCAGCCUUGACCUGUCAAAGGAGAUGGCUGAGCAAGGUGCCUCUCUCCCCCUCCCCACCAGCUACUCCUCCACUGCUGUGAAUGGAAAGCUAGCUGAGUAGUCAUCUAUGCUGGAGUAGGGGCAUGGGGCCUGAGCAUGUGAAUGGGGAUCAGGGGUUGGGCAGAGGGGUGGGGGGAUGGGGGUUGCUAUUUAACUUGAAAAUCCUUUUGGCCAAGGAAAGAUCCUAUGAGUUUUUGCCUUUGUUUUCCCACUUCCCUCUUCUGCUAAUCUGUGGUCACAUUCGGCUUGAGUACAUCUGCCCCAGGAGGCUGCUGCUGCUCUGUUGCUCCAGCUUUUACUUUUGGGUUUUCUUGUUACCCACACAGGGUUUGGGAUGCUGUACUUUUGUGCCUAUUCCAGUUCCCCAGUUAGUGAUUAUAUAUAUAGCAUGCCUCCUUGACACAGGCUGAACCCUUAGUACCCCUGCCACACCCCUACACACAGUGAAUAAUGAACCACUGAUGAACAGCCAGGUCUGCACUGCUUCCCACUUGAGGACAGGGGGCUUGUUUGCUGUUAACAAUGUGAAAUAAUGGUACAGAUCCUCCCCAUCCCCACUCCCUUCAGUCUUGGCAUAGCUGUCACCAUUACAUCAGAUGAUUAUAAUCCAUUCACCCCAGCUAACUGUCCUUAGGAUCAAGUAGCUUGUGUCUCACUGCCUAUUGCUGUGGACUUUGGCAUUGUAACCAGAUGGGGGCCCUUUAACCUGGUCUGCCAUAGCUUGGGUUAAAGACAAAAAUGCUGUCCCCUUAAUGGCAUGAUCAAAUUCAUUCAGUUGCAAACAGAAGACAAAAUAGAGUUCUAUUGUAGAUACUGCCAUAAGGCUUGAGUUGUGGAAUGAUAGAGUUUUUUCCUUCUUCCUCUCUUAAGCUUGUGACGUCUGAGUUACAGACACUUUUGAAUUUUUCUUUUACUCCAAAGGAAACUUUCACAAUCUCAUCACAAGGAACAUAUUCUUUUAAUUGAGAUACAGGAAGAGAAGCAGCCUAAAUUAGGCUUGGCUAUAGGGGAUCAGGGUUUUUGCGGGUUGCAGGGGAAGGAUAGGAGAGAGUUCCAUUUGUCCCUGAUGGCAGGAGAGAAUUUUAGACAUUGCAUAGCUCAAAGUAACCCAGCUUCUUAGAAGAGAAAAUUGUUUCUUCCCCAAAAGCAAAAAGUUCCUAAUCCUUGCCCACCCCUCCAUUUGGAUGCUGUAAAGAGCCUCCAGAGACACCAGGCUAGCACUCCCAAGAGACAGGAUACCAAAGGCAUCUAGGCUGCUGUUCUGGUUCUCUAAAGAGCUUUCAUCUUCUCAUUAGCCAAGUCCUUAGCAUCCUCAAAGGACCAGCCUUCUUGAGAGGACAGUCUGUGACCUGCCCUCACUCUGCCAAGCUGCAGGAUUCUGAUUGCAUGGCAGUUGCAGCCCUUUAUGGAGUGAAUGGUACACUCACUUCUCCAACCACAGUUUUCAUGUUAAACUAGCUUGGAAAUACUGGUGAAGAACAGUUGCUGUCAGGAAGACAUUGCAACAGGCUAAUCUAACCUGGCUCAACCUCUCAUGAAUCACCAAUAAGAGAGGGUUCCUUUUAAUUUCUUUAUUGGAAAUAGAAUAUGGAACAUUUUUUGCCUGGGUGUGUUGACCCAAAUUAUAAACUUUGCCUUCCUGCCCCUGUCCCUUACCCCACUUAUCUCCAUGCCUGUCAAGAGAAGAGGUCAACAGGGCUCUUGGGAACAGAGGCUGUUGGCUCUCUGAGUCAAGGGGGCAAACUUUAUGGCAAACUUCCUCUUGGCCAGAGUAUGUAUCUGUGCUGGUUUUUAUCACCAUUUCUCAGAUUGGGGUUGGCAGUGAUCCUUCCCACAAAGAGCAAACCUGUCUGAUAAAAGCUUCACCCCUGGAAGUACCACAUGAGUUUGUGUGACACUAACACCACUGUUCAAGGGACCCAGACCAACUCUCCAGGCUAAUUCUGUCUGCAUUGUGAAGAAAUACAUAAGUCAUGGAGUUGGAGAAAGAAAGAGCAUGAGGAAGGCCCUCCUCACCCCAAGCACAGCAUUCCAGGAGAGAAGUGCCCAAAUUCCGACCAUCUGGCCUCUUACCAAAGCUGCCCUGGGAGGGUGGGACUGAAAUAGGCCUGGCUGUUUGGCAGGAAGUAAACACCAAAUGCCUUUACAACAGGGGAAACCCCACUACUUGCCUCCUCUCUCUCUGCUUGUCCUUCAGGGCAGUUCAAGCUCCUAUCUGUAUAUGGACUGUGCCAGCCACAGCAGGUAGUAGAGCCAUCACCAGCCUCCAGAGCCUGCUGGGCCUCCAGCCUAUCUGAGAAGAGAAAAACUAGAUGGUCAGCCUUUGGCCAAGGGCAGAGGGCUGCUCUCAGUGAAAAGAAGGCAAUAAGAGAGGUGCUGCCCCUGAGGGGAAGUCAUCAAUCAUCCUAAUACACUUUGCUGGGCUUUGGAAGGUCAAAUACAGAGUAAGGCCUAGAACUGAGCAACAUCUCAUGGUUUGGGCAACAUUGCUGCCUGCAAGUUCUUUCAAUGUCCUUGCCAGCCCAAGGACAGGAUCUUCACCACCAGAAGUGGGACAGUCAGGGUGAAUGGCUACAGAAGCCGGGCUCCUUUGAGUCUCACUCUAUAUCCAAGCAGUUGAUGGCCGAAUCCCACCAGCAGCCUGGAAGAGGAAGGAAGAUCUAGCUGGGGACAUGUGUUGAUGGCAGCACAGGCUGACACUGGAGAGCCAACUAAUCUCCAGGCCUCUCCCCAAAGAUAGCCAGUGCUUGCUUGGCUGGCACCAGAUAUGCCCCGGACUACUAAAGGUAUUGAUGUCAAGCCCACAUAUCUUAGGCUGUGACCAGAUGAGCACCAUGUCUGCAUUGCAGGGUGUUGGAAUAAUGCUUGUGGAUGUGAUUUCAAGGGAAGAUAUGACUUGAAAGGGGGUGUCUGCUGUCAUCUUGCUACCCAGCAGGCUUAUUCAGUGCCAGACAGCUCUGAUCCUGAGAAUUCUCAGAUGAGACCGGUCUGUGGGGAACCAGUGACUGGAUAGAGAAGGCCAACUAGCGGGCUUCUUUCAGGGCUACCAGUUUCUCAGUGCUUUAGCACCUUCAAGGAAGCCCUGCCUUGGGGCACUCAGCUUGGGCACCUGUUCAUAAGCCUCCUGGGCCAAAGGCUUUGGUCAACACUAUUCUCUCUUCCACCUCAAUGCUGUACCAAGCAGGGAAUUAGCUUCCUACACCCAGGGUGUAUUCCUCUCAUCCUGUUGCCAGCAACUUUCCCACCCUUGCCAGUGCCACCGCCCCACCCACCCUCGGCCCCUGGGCCCAGUUGCUAGAGGGAGGCAUGGGGGAUUUAGCAGGGAGACUUCAAGUUUACCCAUGUGUAUGUUACAUCCAAGUUGUUUUUAAUAUAUAUAUAUAUAUAUAUAUCAAAAGUCAAUUAUCUAUUUUUGUAUUGUUUGCAUUUUAUAUUCAUGGAAAACAAUGUUUAUCAAUUGUUCUUUUCUGAUAUAUUUUAUUUUUAAGUGGUGCUGUUUAUAGUUUUAAACAAAACAAAGAUGACACAAAAAUUGCUGCUGCUUGUGCAGAGGGCUGGCAUCUCAACCACCUAGGGUCCUCACUCUUUCCCCUCUCCUCACCCCAAUGUAUCUUACUGUCCAUCCCCUCCCUCCAUGAUAGGGACAGCAAAAGAUGCCCAGGUACUAUGACAAAUGCCAGGUGACUCAGGCAUGGAGAACCUGGUAGAUAGCAUGUUGUUUAUGGCUUUAUUUUUUCUUUUGGACCCUGCCCCUUCCCCAUGUGUAGACCUUCUGGAAGUACCCAUCUCUCCUCUCUCCCUCCCCCCCUCCUUUUCAUGUUUUGUGCUUUCAUUUUGAAAUGAGUCCCCAUGUUGUGCUAUUUGUCAUUCUGAGUUUCUCCAAAGGAGCAUUUUGGGGACAUUCUCCACCCAGUGGGGAGGACAUGGAGUUUCUAUCAUGCCCCUUUUCCCUAAGAAGCUGAAGAGACAGAUAGUGAUGCUUCAGCCACCAUGAAUUGGCCAUCUCAUUGGGGAAACCCUUGCAUGGGACUUUCCAAGAACUCAGUUGACAUUUGCCCAGAAGAGAUGUUGGAGAACUCCUUGACCCCUCUUGCUGCUUUGGGGGUAUCUCUCCCCCUACCGCCCUUUCCCCUGCCUUGUCCUGCUCCCGUUCACAUACGAAUGGUAUUAUGGGGGAACAGUGACUAUCAGGGUAAUGUCUUGCUGGUCUGAUUCCCACUUUUCUAUCCUGCAGUCACUCCUAAGAAGAAAAUCCACAUGGCAUGUAUAUGUGUGAGGGUUGGGCCUACUGAGAGGCGGGGCUUUAAUUAUUAUUCUUGUUACUAUUGGUGCUUGUUUUCCCUGCUGUAUAUGGGGGCGGGGUGGAGAAGAAACGAAGAAUGUAUAUUUAGCUCAUUAAAUAAAAUGGCUGGAGGACAGAGGGAAGAAAUCGGUAACUGCAGUACAUACCCACCCCAGGUGUAAGAGUUUUCUCUCUCCCAGUGUAAAAUGGGGAGCGUGGUCCCUGGAUGUGCCCUAGCUUCCCCUUCCUUAUCCCUGAGACAUCACAUAAUUGUCCAAUCCUAGCUCUCACCGGAUAUCUUGAUGCAUUGCCUAUUUGUUACAACAUAUAUUUCUUUUGCUGAAUGCUAAUAAACUGGGUUCAAGAAGGACCCCUCCCCCCGUCACAAAAGUGUACUCUUGUGGUUUGUUCCACAGCAGCAUGCCUGUGACCCAUGGUUGUUGGGUUUGCCCUUGAAGGAAAAUGGAGAAAGCAAGGAGGUUGGCAGGGGCUGGGGAUCACCCGCUGGGGAAACAGAAGCCAGAGCUGAAAGUAAAGUAGAGGAAACUUCAGUUCUUCAUCCAAGUCAUGCCCUGCAUCUGUCUGAUGCAGUGUUGGUAAACUCUCCAUCACACUUUUCACAUUUUGAGAACUGCCAGGGGCUGGUUAGCACUUCUAAACUUAGCCUCAGUUCAUUCAAGUGUGCUGACAUCCCCACCAGCCAGGAGGCAGAGGUGUGGACCUCCUACUGAUGGCUCCAUCUAAAGGAUAGUACUGAUAGUGGGACUCUCCAGCCAAGCUGCAGGAAUGGCAUUCUUCACCCAGGUUUAUGGGCAGAGAUGCUUCCUGGGCAGCUUACUGCUCCACCUAUUCAGCUGUGGGGUUGAGUGGGAAACAUGUGUUUUACCCUUGGCUCCUGAUAAGCAAGGGCUUCUAACACCUGCUAGUGGGCUCCCUUGAGUUCUUCCCAAUUGCCAUGCCCAAGCCAGAAGGCCUGAAAUAGUAGCUGCUUGAAACUGCUAUAGACUGUAGACAGUACUGCCACAGACACAUAGGUAAACUCCCUGGGGUUCCUUCCCAGAUUAGCAAAGAAGUUUGGUGGCCCCCAACACCGCAUGAAUCAAGCAAAGCCAAAAUAAAAGCAAUUUAAUGAGAGAGAAAAGAGAGAAGCUCCUGGGAGGGGAGUUAAUUCAUAGAUGUUGAAUUGUCUGCCAGGGACUGCUCAUGGAAGGAAGAGGGUCAUGGUUACUCAGAGAGCUUUUGGAGCAAGACCUUCUAGGAAGGUCUUAUUACAUCCAUUGGGAAUUCAAGGGGUUGUAUAGUAUGGGAGGCCUAGAUUUCUACCCUAAUUUUCAUCCCUCAUUAAUCAGUUGGGCUUGGGAAAAUCCCUUCUUCUGAGUUUCAGUUUCUGCAUCAAUAAUAUAUGGGUGGCAUGGGCAUAGAUUUGACUAGACUAGUUUCCAUAUGCAAGUCAGAAGACUGGGCUACCACAGAGUAACCCUUGGAACUUUUUCAGCUGCCUAAAUCCAGCACUCCCCACCCCUUUCUGACUCAGUUGGCCUGGGGUGGAGUUCUUUUCUGUGGUGUGGAUCCCACAUGACUGGUGCAUUGUACCUGCUGGAUAAGAUGAGUGGUAAGAGCUCUUCCUAUUCUGCUGUGACUGAUGGCUGCCUUCACUGUGACCCUCUGGGGAGUCCUUUGCAAUACUGGAAGGGGAUGUUAGUAGAGGGAACCUCCUAAGACUUUCCUUAGAUCACCAAGGAAACCACUUUGGUUAGCUCCAGUCCUGUUCUCUGGUCUGCUUAAGGACUGGGGUUGUGCCUGGUGAACAGGCUGCCUUUGUUCCCAGUGUCUGUUUAGAGCAGAAGUAAACACGACAGAUAAGAUACCUUUGUACAGAUCUUUUGGAGGAUGCUGUGGGUAAGCUGCUAGCUCCCCACUGCCCCCACCCUCACUGGGCUCUGGGCCUUACCAACCAUGUUCUUUCUCUGGAUAAUUCCUACACUUUAGCUGGGCUGCAUGGCUUCUGGGAUCCCUACCUGGCCAAUAAAAGCAAGUGACGUGAGGGUAGCACUCUCUAGUCUGCAACCUCCUUCCAUCUCCACUAUCUUUUAAAAGGCCUCUGAAGCAGGUGGGUAGAGCAGAUGAUCUUAUCCCCACUUUACAGAGGUGGGAAAGGAGCCAUGGAAAAGUGAAACGACUUGCUCAUGGUAAUACAGAACAUUGACUGUAAGUCAAAGUGAGAAAGAGAGUGGGCAGGUAGGGGUGGAAGAUGUGGUGGAAGAGAAAGAGUACUGCUAAUAAUUCCUCAAGCCCUGAAUGAAAAAUAUCAUUGAUAUGUGCAGGCACUAGACACUUUAACCACAUUAUCUUGUGUAAUCCUUACCUUAACUCUACGAGGUUAACGUUGUUAUGCACAUUUUAAGAUGAGAAAACCGAGCCUCAGAAAGGUUAAGACCCUUGCCAAAGUUCACACAGACAGAUAAGUGGACUCCAAAUCUCCUGCAUUUUUCUAUCAUACUAGUAGUGAAGCUUCUGGUUAGUUGCACAUUAGGGAUGCUAACAGUAAAUCCCAGCAAUGACCCCAGCAGCAGGCCCAAAAUGAGAGCAUCCUAAAACUAAAAAGGAACUGUGGCCGCCUCCUUAUUCCACUGGGCCCAGCCCACUCUCCCAGCCCCAAGCCCAGAUCAGAGGCCCUUGUCAGCCCAGGGAAGGACUUCCUUCCCCCACUUCCACCCCCAGCCUUGGAUCUCUGGGAAUUGUUCCCAGCCAGGUAGGCCCACUUAAUCCUGCUAAUAAGUGGCCUGGGAAACAUGAUGAAUAGCAGAGUGAGUCAAUAAACAUGAGCACUUAUAUGCCUGGAGAACAGGCCUCCCACCACUCAGACCAUCAACUGGAGCACCGCCUCAUGAAGAGGUACUUAAUUGUAAAUCACUUAAUAGCCACAGUGGGAAACAGUCUCAUUCUCUGGGAGAAUAACUGCUGUCUGAUGGGCUCUUGAAGGCUGCUUUCCUCUGCUCCUUCAGUUUCUUUCCUGCUUUUCCACUUUCUCUGGAUGCCUGAGCAUAUUUUCCACAUUGUUCUCCCAGGACAUAGAGCAUCUGAUGAGGUUUUCCCAGAGCUCCUGUGCAGCACCCAUUGCUAACAGGAAGUGGAUGCUCUGCCUGGCCACAAAUGCUAUGAUUAAAAUUAAUGUUAUGUUCUUCAAGAAAACAAAAAUGGAAUGGGCAUCUAUCUCUGUCCACAAAUUCAGAUGUGGGUAUGUAAUAAAUAGUCCUUUUUUGUUUUGUUUUGUAACUAAAUUCUGACUUCAAGCCCCCCAUCCUAACACAGAAGCAAAAAUUCCAUGUCAGUCAUGACUGGGGGCCCCCUUCAAGGGGGGCACUGGAAUUCAGGGGACACUAUGGUACACAGAAAUUAGGGCAAGGGCAACUAAUCUCUAACCUAUUCCAGUCACCACUAACACCCUCAUUUUCCAUGCCAGCAGUGGGAGAGGGAAAGCUGAGAGCCUAGGGACUUAAAUUCUACCUCCCUCUAGGUAUCUUAGAGCCGUCUCCUCCCCAUCCUUAAGGAUCUGCCCUCAAGCAGUGCUUGAGUUCCUACUGCCCCAGACUCAGGAACUCUUCCUUUCUAGGUGGGGCUGGGAGAGAUAAGGAUCUCUCUUAUUUUUUUUCUCUUUGGGCUUUCCAGUGCCUCUUCCUUUUCCUUUAUGACAGUAUGUAAUAAAUGGGAUUUUCAGGCUUUUAUAAGAGAAUGAUAGAUUUGGUCACUUCAGGCUGCUUCUGCUUUCUGCACUGUGAAAUCCCUCUUGCAAGAGGUCUGUCAAGGGCUUGGUUACCUCCAAGAAGCAGGGGAAUGGGGAAGGACCUAGAAGGACAACAAACACAAACAAAUGUGAAUAUUUCUAGAAAUCACCCUGCCACAAAAAUACAGCCUUAUUGAAAAAAAAAUCACUGUCCUAAAAUGCAGGACACCAUGAUAUUAGUCCCUGCUCUGCCUGCAACUGAUGGAAAUUUGGGUGAUUUCUCAGAGCCUCAGUUUAUUCAUCUGUAAAUGAGGAGGCUGGAGAACAGAAUCUCAAGCUGCAGUCCUUUUCUUAACCUUCCGCUUUUGAUGCUUUAAUUCUUCCUACACCAUCUGUCCUUUUCCUACUCACCUCCACGGGCAUAGAUUCCUGGUAGUUUUAAUGCCCAAGAUGUGCCUUCUUUUUUGAAUUAAUUUUUCUUUAUUUGAUUAUAGUUGACCCACAAUGUUAGUUUCAGGUAUAAACAUAGCAAUUCAACAUCUUUAUAUGUUAUGCUAUGCUCGCCACAAGUGUAACUACCAUUUGUUGCCAUACAACACUAUCACAAUAUCAUUGACUAUAUUCCCUAUGCUAUAACUUUUAUUCCCAUGCCUCAUUUAUUCCAAACUGGAAGCCUUAUCUCCCACUCCUCUUCACCCAUUUUACCCAUUCUCCUACCCAUUUUCCCUCUUGCAGCCAUCAGUUUGUUCUGUAUAUUUACUGGUCUGAUUCUGUUUUUUGUUUUUUAACUAAUUUGUUUUUGUUUUUUUUAGAUUCCACAUAUAAGUAAAAUUGUAUGGUAUUUGUCUUAGUCUGACUUAUUUCACUUAACAUAAUACCCUCGAGGUCCAUCCACGUUGUCACAAAUGGCAAGAACUCAUCCUUUUUUUGUGGUUGCAUAAUAUCCCAUUGUAUAUAUAUACAAUGCAUCUUUAUCCAUUUAUCUAUCAGUGACAUAUAAGUUACUUCCUUAUCUUGGCUAUUGUAAAUAAUACUGCAAUAAACAUGGAGGUGCAUAAAACUUCUCAAAUUAGAGUUUUCAUUUUCUUUUGCUAAAUAUCUAGUACUACAAUUACUGGAUCAUAUGAUUUCUCUUUUUUUAAUUUUUGAGGAACCUCUAUACUGUUUCCACAGUGGCUGUACCAAUUUAUAUUCCCACCAACAGUGCACAAGAGCUCCUUUUUCUCUAUAUCCUCUCCAACACUUGUUAUUUCUUGUGUUGUUGAUUUAAGCCAUUAUGACAGGUGUGAGGUGAUAUCUCAUUGUGGUUUUGUUUGCAAUUCCCUGAUGAUGAGUGAUGUCGAACAUCUUUUCAUGUGUCUGUUAGCCAUCUGUAUGUCUUCUUUGGGGAAAAAAAAAGUCUAUUCAUUCUUCUGCCCAUUUUUUAAUUGGAUUGCUUGUUUUCUGGUGUUGAGUUGUGAAAGUUCUUUAUAUUUUGGGGAUAUUAACCCCUUAUUGGAUAUAUCAUUUGUAAAUAUCCUCUCCCAUUCAGUAUACUGAUUGCCUUUUGUUUUGUUGAUGGUUUCUUUCUCUGUGCAAAAGUUUUUUUCUUUAUUAUUUUGACACAGUCCCAAUAGUUUAGUUUUGCUUUUGUUUCCCUUGCCUUAAGAGAUAUAUCUAGAGAAAGGUUGCUAUGGCCAGUGUUAGAAAUUACUGCCUAUGCUCUCUUCUAGGAUUUUUGUGGUUUCAGGUCUCACAUUUAGGUAUUUAAUCCAUUUUGAGUUUAUUUUUAUGUAUGGUGUUAAAAAGUGGUCCAGUUUCAUUCUUUUUUAUGUAAUCAUCCACUAAGAUGUUCUUUAAGCUGCUAUUGACCUAUCUUAGUUCCUUGAAACCACAUGGAUCAUUUCUGCUCUCUACUCUCUGUCCUAUAACAACCCUUCCAGAUCUGAAGGCAAAGAUGGUGUUCUUUGGUUCAGCAAACACUGAGUAUCUACUAUAUUCCAGGUUCUGUUCUAGGUGCUGAGUGUGCAUCAGUGAGCAAGAAAGUGAGGCAUAGCCAUUUUGCAGGAGGGUGGGCAGACAAAAAACCAAAUAAAUAAACAAAACAUAUAGUAUGUCAGAUGGUGAUAGGUACACUAGAGAGAAAUAGAGGGGGAGAGACAGGAGGUUGCAAUUUAAAAUAAAGUGGUCAAGAGAGGACUCACUGAACGGGUCACAUUUGAGAGAGGAGAUAAUAAAGUCCUGAGGCAAGAGCAGAUAACGUAUACCAGGAGCAGCCAGGAGUCCAGUGUGGAUAAAAUGGAAUUAGUCAGGAGAAUAUCAUGGGAGAUGAGGUCACAGAGGUAAUGUUGGGGUUGGGGAGAUGGGAAAGGGCCUUGUAGACUAUCAUAAAGACUUUGGCUCUUAUCCUGAGUUAGAUGGGAGCGGAGAAUGACAUGACCUGUCUUAUGUCACCCGAAGUCCACUCAUUCCAGGCUAAACAGUUCCAGGUCCUUCCAACUUUCCUCUGUGUUCUGGGUCUCAGCCCCCUCCCCAGCCUUCUCACUCCCUCCUGGUCACACUCCAGUGUUUGUGGCCCUCUUCAAGUGUGGGUCCCAGAACAAGACACAAUCACUCAAGGGUGGCCUAACCUGGGCAGAGGGGUGUGGAGCCAUUGCCUUCCUUGAUGUCCUCUAAUAUUCUCUUAACACUGACAAUAUUUUAGGAAUAAAAUCUUUAACAGAGAUUAAAAAGUUAUCACCAUAGAUCAGGUAAUUCCAUUCAUUUUAACUUGCCAAGUAUGAACACUUUGGACAAAUUAACAGGCCCUUUGUCAUUACUCUUGGAAAUCUGUUAGAGGCUGAGUGGUAUUAUGAGUUUUGAAGUCAAACAGAUCUGGGUCCUAUUCUUAGCUCCAGACCUACCAGCUAUGUGACCUUGGAUAAGUGAGAUGUUCUAAGCUUCAGUAUCUUCAUCUGUAAAAUGGGAAAAAGUAAUUUGUACCUUGUGGGAAUUAGCAAUGAUAUGUAUAAAGCCUCUCUGUCCAGUGUCUGGCCCAUGCAGAUGAUGGACAAUCUUAGCUGUCAUUGUGCCUUGAUAGUAUCCCUGGCACAUAGGCAGCCUCACUUUGGAUUCUUAGUAGGUGUGGACCCUGUAGUGGGAGAAAAUCCAGUCAACCUGGUAUCCCUGUGUAGAGGACCUCAGCAACUGGGGAAGCCCCGUCAUGAUUUUCUCACUGAGCUAUGUGAUUGCCUGUUAGUGGCUGCACACAAGAAUUCCAGGAGAGCCAAAGCUGUCAGCAUCCAGGCUUGCGGUCCAAUGUUUCACCCCAGGAAGAAGUGGGAAUGGAGACUUCAAAGAGAAUGGGUGGCAAGUGUUUCUUUUAUCAGAAAUUGGAAACAUCUGGAAACAGGAUACCUGUAUCAGUCUGUACCUGGACAAGCAGGUUAAGGUCUAAGAUGCAUAAUCAGGAGUAAAACCAUCAUCUAAGUAAGGAGCCUAAAGUGCUAUGAGAAGCCCAGGUGCAAAGUGACGAGGAAAGUGAGGAACAGUGGGAUCAAACAAAUGAGUGGAAAAGAGAUAACAGUGGCUCAUCCUUGGUGUCUGGCUGGGCUUUUAUGAGUUUUCAGCAACUUUUUGUGUUGGUAAGUGAGAUUUAUCUGCCUACAAGUUGCAAAAAGAGGACUCAUCAAAUUCUUUCCUCAGGGUCCCCACCUUGAGGGAUGCUUUCAGGGUAGCCCAGCCUUAAAGCCAAGCAUUUUUAGGGUAUUUAUAAUGUCAUUUCUGGGGCAAGGCUUAGUGGUAGGCUAGGCUGAAAAGGAACUCUACUCACCUGGAAGUUGAAAAAAUGGCUUGGGGCAGGCCUGUGCUGGGAGCAGCCAAUGUGUAACAGGCAAGUUUUUAUAACCUGGAUUGGUCUGUCCCCAGCCCUGAGCAUAUUUGCUCACCCGCUAAUUGGGACCAGUAAUACCUACUCAGCCUCCCUCCCACCAAUCCUGUGCUCCAAUGGAGACCAUCUUCAUUUUUCCUACUAGAAAAUUCAGUAAAUACUAGAUGUGAGAGUACUUUUUAAAAAUCAUAAAAGGCUAUAGAAAUGCAAGGUGGUAGUAUUACUCAAAUGCUUUAGCACUGGUUGUCUGCCAAGUCCCUGUCAAAAGCCAUUUUUAUUUGCCAACAGCAAGACUCUACACUGUGACAACCCAGCUAUUAGACACAGUGACUUUAGAGUUUUAUUUUUGAUGUGUGUAUGUGUUUUAGGAUUUUUAAAAAUUGCCAUACUUAAAGGAAUUCACUCUUUUAAUCCUCCCAGCUCAUCAAUCUCAGUUUCUCUCUCUCAAUCUCUCAAUCUUUUGAUCUCUUUCUCUCUGUUGGCCUUUCUCUCUCUUUCUCUUUCUCUCUCUCUCUCUUUCUUUCUUAAUACCAAGGCUGAGCAUGUUCCUGGCCUUGGCAGAGGACCAUACAGAGUACAGAUGGCUUCAUGUGGCUUCCUCCUUAUCUGGUUAUGGUCAUGGCAGCAACAAUAAUUCAGAGUAAUUGUGGCCGGCUGAUAGAAAUGGUCUGUAGUCUUCCAUCCCCUGGCUCAAGAAUCAGGGAGUAUUUUCUCUAUAGCUCAAAGUGGACCUGAGCUUCAGCGAGUAGAGUCCAGCAGUAGUCCAGUCCAGGGUGUCUGCCUGCCCUCCUGGGAGUUAUAUCAGAGACCUGCCUUUCUGGUUUUUGGCCUGCUGAUGACUGUGUGACCUUGGGCAUUCCCCUCAAUUCUCAGCCUUAGCUUCUUCAUCCAUCAGGUAAGAAUAUGAAUUUCUGCCCUGUAUCACUUCUGUGAAAUGGAUAUAAAAAUAUUUGGAAAACUGUAAAGGUAGGUGGCAAAAUGGUUGCCAUUAUUACUGCCAUUCUCUGUGCAGCUUGGACUCUUUAGAAGUAGGUUGUACCUUCAAAUUGACAAAGAAUUACCGCCCUCAUGCUAGUCUGAGAUUCUGCA